CGUCAACUAUAAAAACACGAAAACUGAUAGAAAAACAAAAAAGUGCGAUGUUUUAAACAGUUUUAAAUAUUCCUAUUAGCCGUAACUAUGAAUAAAAAAAUCAGUUUCGGCAAAAUAAGCGCAAAUUUCGGCCACAAUGCCCAAAAUAUCGAGGCGACCGGCACGUUCGGAACGUUCGGGCCCCCUCAAGCGAUACAAGCCCUGGAAGACGACACGGCCGAGUCGCAGCAAAUAAAAACCGUCAUGGGUAUUACAAACUUCGGUAAGAAAGCCAAGUCGUUUGAUAUUAAAGAGAUGAUUGCGCAGGUGAAAGCGACCGCUAGAGAAAUAACGAAGAAGCCCGACGAAGAAAAGGCCUCGUCCGAAAGCGACGACAGCGAAGACGACUUUGUCGGGCCACCGGUGCCCGAGCACCUUACGGCAGAUAUCAAAGAGAAAAAAGAGAGUACAGCGAACAGUGAUGAUAGUGACGAGGAAGGAAGUUACGAAGAUAACAAUUUAUUUAUUCCGUGUACUCACGAAACUCAAAUGGUUCAUGGCAACAAAGCCGUUACGGCACUUAGUGUCGAUCCUAGCGGUGCUCGAUUAGCUUCUGGAUCGGUCGAUUACGAUGUAAGUUUCUGGGAUUUCGCCGGAAUGGAUUCAAACAUGAGAAGCUUCCGAACAUUACAACCAGCAGACAACCACCCAAUCAGAGGCUUACACUAUUCCAGCACAGGAGACCUACUGUUAGUCAUCUCCGGCGCAAGUCAAGCUAAAGUAAUAGAUCGAGACGGUUUCGAGAAAUUAGAAACCGUCAAAGGAGACAUGUACAUAACCGAUCAAGCCAAGACCAAAGGCCACACGGCUGGAUUACUAGCAGGCGUUUGGAAUCCCGUUACGAAAGAAGAAUUUCUAACCACCAGCGCCGACGGUACGAUUAGGGCUUGGGAUUUCUACGAAGGCGGCAAACACCACAAGCAAAUCAUCAAAUGCCGGGCCCAAAACGGCCUCAAGACGUCCCCUACGGCCGUGAAUUUCAACAGAGAGGGCAAGGUGAUCGCUUGCGGAUGCGCGGACGGUUCGUUGCAACUGUGGGACUUCAGGAAGAGCUCCGUGGCACCCGCGAAACAGAUCAGAAAAGCGCACGCGCCCGGCGAAAUAACCAGCAUAUGCUUCUCGCACAUCGGCGACAACUUGUUGACGAGAAGCUGCGACGAAACGAUGAAAUUGUGGGACCUAAGGAAUUUCAAACAGCAAGUUCACCAGGUCACCGAUCUCUACACUCGAUACGAUACGACCGACGCCAUAUUCAGCCCCAACGACGCCCUAGUAGCUACAGGAGUAUCGCUAGAUAAAGGCGACAAGCAAGGUAUCAUCAACUUCUACGACACGAAAACGUUCGACUUGGUGAAAAGAAUGGAAGUCGCCAACUCGCAUACGAUCAAGCUCAUCUGGCACACGAAACUCAACCAAAUAUUCGUGGGCACCGGUAACGGUUUCGUGAAAUGUUACUACGAUGAACGAAGGAGCUUGAGGGGGGCCACACUGUGCGUGGUGAAGCACCAUCGCAAGAUGCAGCACUCUGAAAUCGUGAGCUCGCAGCAAAUCAUCACGCCGCACGCUCUGCCGCUGUUUAGACAGGAGAGGAGGAAGACGAGCAGGAAGCAGAUGGAAAAAGACCGGUUGGAUCCGGUUAAAUCGAAGCGGCCGGAUUUGCCUAUCACUUCGGGUCAAGGCGGUCGAGUGGCCUCCAGCGGAGGGACCUUGAGCAGUUACGUGAUUAGGAAUUUAGGUUUGAGUAAGAGAGUCGAGGACGAUCAGGAUCCCAGGGAGGCGAUUUUGAAGUACGCCAAGGAUGCCGAGGAGAAUCCUUACUGGAUUACUCCCGCUUAUAAGAACACCCAACCGAAGGCUUGUACUAGCAAAUACGUAGAGGAUAAGGAUGAACCUGAAAAUAAAAAAUCUAGAACCGAUUAAAUAAACUCCGUUUUAAUUUUUAUCGUUGUAU